AUGGCCUUCACGUUUGCUGCCUUCUGCUACAUGCUCUCCCUGGUCUUGUGCGCUGCUUUGAUCUUCUUCGCCAUCUGGCAUAUAAUUGCAUUUGAUGAGUUAAAGACAGACUUCAAGAGUCCUAUAGACCAGUGCAACCCAACACAUGCGUAAAGGGAGCGGUUGAGAAACAUUGAACGGAUCUGCUUUCUUCUGAGAAAGUUAGUGUUGCCAGAAUAUUCCAUCCAUAGCCUUUUCUGCAUAAUGUUUAUGUGUGCUCAAGAAUGGUUAACUAUGGGCUUGAAUAUCCCCCUGCUUUUCUAUCAUUUUUGGAGGUAUUUCCAUUGUCCAGCAGACAGCACAGAGCUAGCCUACGAUCCACCUGCAGUUAUGAAUGCAGAUACCUUGCGUUAUUGUCAAAGGGAAGCCUGGUGUAAACUAGCUUUCUAUCUCCUCUCAUUCUUCUACUAUUUGUACUGCAUGAUCUACACUUUAGUGACUUCCUAA